AUGGAAGUGAUGGAAAUCGCUGGAAAAUAUCCACUAAGAGCUCCAACAACCCUUGCUCUUGAAAUGGAGUUCAUAGGGGUUGGAUGGAUUAGUUUGGGCAAUGAUCCUAUGGCCUCCAAGAACAAGAUGUUCCAUGGAUUGCCAAGUGAAGACCCCAUUGACCACCUUGAUGAGUUUGAUAGGCUUUGUGAUUUGACAAAGAUCAAUGGUGUCUCUGAAGAUGCCAUCAAGCUGAGACUCUUUCCUAUGUCUCUAGCUGACAAAGCUCACCAAUGGGAGAAGAGCUUGCCCCAUGGCACAAUCACCACUUGGGAUGAAUGCAAGAAGGCCUUUCUUGCUAAGUUUUUCUCCACCGGUCGCACAGCCAAGCUUAGAGGAGAGAUAUCCAGCUUCAUCCAGCGAAACAAUGAGACAUUCGCAGAGGCUUGGGAGAGGUUCAAAGGGCUACACAAACACAGCAGCAAUGGGAACUUCCUCAACCAGGAUGUAGAUGAUGGCUGGCAACUUGUGGAGAACAUAGCUAACUCAAAUGGAAGCUAUGGAGAAGAGUAUGAUCGCACCAAUCGGAGCUCGACCCACCACUCGAUCGAGUCAGAGAAAUUGAGAAAAGAUGUUAAGGCAUUGAAUGAGAAGUUGGAUAAGCUGAUCCUAGCUCAGUCCACAAUGAAGAAAGUCAACUUUGUGUCUGCUGAGGAGAUGGAACCAGUCCAAGAAGGGGAGGAUACACAAUUUGCUGAGGUGUGCUACAUGAGCAAUGGGCAAGGAGGUUACAACAAAGGAUACUAUAAUUACAAGUCCAACCCUGCCAUGUCAUACCGCAACACUGAUGUUGCUAACCCUCAGGACCAAGUCUAUCCUCAACAACAAGCAGCUCGAUCGAGUCAAGCCACAACAUGGGUAUGGUCAAAAGAACAAUUACCAAGGACCACAAGGCACUUUCCCUGGACAACAAAUGAAUAUCCCACCAGGCUUCCCCACCAACCGCCCCAGCCUGCACCUUCACAAGAGAAUGAGCUCAAGGCAAUGCUAAAGCAACUACUUCAAGGGCAAGCUGAUGGGGUAGUGGACACAAGCAAGAAGCUAGCUGAAAUAAACUCAAGAUCGAGAACCUCAACACAAGGGUUUACUCUCUGGAGAAUCAUGCUUCUUCUGUUGCUGCUGCUACAAAGCAAGGACAACUACCUGGUAAAGCUAUUCAGAACCCCAAGGAACAGUGCAAGGUCAUCUUCACUCAAGAAGGACUUGAUGAAGAGGAUCAAGAAAGAAGUGCAUGCACCUACUGUGGCCAUUCACACUUCACCAGUUGAGCUCGCACAACAAGCUCGAUCGGCAGCUCGAUCGAGUCCAACUCUAGCUCGAUCGAGUCCGACCUCUUCUGUCCGAAGCCUGUUUUGCUUGAUCCUUACCAACCGGUUGCCGCUUCCUCGUCUCGCCUACUUAGUCAAGGUCAAGGAUCAAGGGAAAUUCACUCUCCCUUGCACACUUGGGCAUCUUGAGAUUGACAAUGCCUUAGUGGAUUCUGGAGCAAGUGAUGUGCGGCAUCAGGUCUUCCCCUUUCCUAUCCCUGAUUCUGCAAGUGCACAGGUCAGAAGUAGUAAACGGGUAUCGAACACAAGGACCAGAUUGCACACUACAAGUUAUGAGUUUGAGAACAAGCUAGGGCAAAAGUAUAAGUUGGUUGAGUGCAGAGAAAGUAAAGCAUGCAAGUAA